CGAUGCCGAGCUCCAGAGGUCCUCUUCUUCUUCUUCAUUGUUCUCGAGUUUGUUGCGCCGAUCCAAGCAUUCCAUCGCCACAUACACACAGACAGCGCCGUGGUGGAUUGCUGUAGUGGAUGGUUUGGGCACCGCACCGCAGGGCACAAUGAGUGGCCAUGACGCCAAGUAUUUUACCACCACCAAGAAGGGUGAGAUCCAUGAGCUCAAGGAGGAGCUUAAUUCACAGUACAAGGACAAGAAGAAAGAUGCAGUGAAGAAGGUCAUUGCUGCAAUGACCGUUGGUAAGGACGUGUCUAUGCUGUUUACAGAUGUGGUCAACUGCAUGCAAACAGAGAAUUUGGAGUUGAAGAAGCUCGUUUACCUAUACCUCAUCAAUUAUGCAAAGAGCCACCCUGACCUGGCAAUCCUUGCUGUCAACACCUUUGUUAAGGAUUCCCAAGAUCCUAAUCCUUUGAUACGAGCAUUGGCUGUUAGGACAAUGGGUUGCAUCAGGGUUGAUAAGAUCACAGAGUAUCUGUGCGACCCUCUACAAAGGUGCUUGAAAGACGAUGAUCCCUAUGUUCGCAAAACGGCAGCAGUUUGUGUUGCCAAGUUGCAUGACAUCAAUGCGGAGCUGGUGGAGGACAGAGGAUUUUUGGAGGCGCUAAAAGAUAUGAUUUCUGAUAGUAAUCCGAUGGUUGUUGCAAAUGCUGUGGCAGCACUUGCUGAAAUUCAAGAGGGUAGCAGCAAGAAUGUAUUUGAGAUCACAAAUCACACACUAUUCAAGCUUUUGGCGGCUCUCAACGAGUGCACCGAGUGGGGCCAGGUCUUUAUAUUGGAUGCUUUAUCUAAAUAUAAAGCAAAGGAUGUCCGAGACGCCGAGAAUAUUGUGGAACGCAUUACCCCUCGCUUGCAGCAUGCUAAUUGUGCUGUAGUACUAUCUGCUGUAAAGGUGAUUUUGCUGCAAAUGGAGCUUAUUACCAGCACCGAUGUUGUGCGAAACUUGUGUAAAAAGAUGGCACCGCCUUUGGUUACACUUCUAUCAGCGGAGCCUGAGAUCCAGUAUGUGGCACUACGCAAUAUCAACCUUAUUGUGCAGCGACGACCAGGCAUUCUUGCACAUGAGAUUAAGGUAUUUUUUUGCAAGUAUAAUGAUCCUAUAUACGUGAAGAUGGAGAAGUUGGAGAUCAUGAUCAAACUUGCCUCAGAUCGUAAUAUUGAUCAGGUUCUUUUGGAGUUCAAGGAGUAUGCCACCGAGGUUGACGUUGAUUUUGUGAGGAAAGCAGUUCGAGCUAUAGGUAGAUGUGCUAUCAAAUUGGAGCGAGCAGCUGAGCGUUGUAUCAACGUUCUCCUUGAUCUUAUCAAAAUCAAAGUUAACUACGUUGUUCAAGAAGCAAUUGUAGUGAUCAAGGAUAUUUUUCGAAGAUAUCCCAACAUGUACGAGUCUAUCAUUGCGACAUUGUGUGAAAGUUUGGACACUCUUGAUGAGCCGGAAGCGAAGGCAUCUAUGAUCUGGAUCAUAGGUGAAUAUGCUGAACGAAUCGAUAAUGCUGAUGAGUUACUUGAAACUUUUCUUGAAACUUUUCCUGAAGAGCCUGCACAAGUGCAGUUGCAGCUUCUUACUGCUGCCGUAAAACUAUUUUUGAAGAAGCCUACCGAAGGCCCUCAACAGAUGAUUCAGGUUGUGCUCAACAAUGCCACCCAAGAAACUGAUAAUCCAGAUCUGCGAGAUCGUGCAUAUGUGUAUUGGCGUCUCCUUUCUACAGACCCUGAGGCUGCGAAAGACGUUGUUUUGGCUGAGAAGCCCACGAUUAGUGAUGAUUCCAACAAUUUGGAUCCAUCUCUUCUAGAUGAUUUGCUGGCUAAUAUUGCCACACUUGCGUCCGUCUAUCAUAAACGUGCUGAUGCAUUUGUGAGUCGCGCGCGAGCGGUCCCUGUGAGGGAGGAGGAUGAUGAGUACGCUGAAGGCCAAGAUUCUGGAUCUGGUAACUCAUCAGCUCCAGUUCCUGAGAUUGCUGUAUCAACUCCACCUACUACUGCCGCAGUUGCACCUGCUGCUGUAAAGGGUCCAAGUGCUGCUGCACCUCCUGUACCUGAUAUGUUAGGUGACCUGAUGGGGUUUGAUGGUGCCUUGGUACCAGUUGGACCUGCGAGUGCUGCAGCUCCGGGAGAGCCUCCCCUACCUGUAUUACUUCCAGCAGCAUCUGCCCAGGGUCUACAAAUAGCUGGCCAGAUGACGAGGCGGGGAGGAAAAGUAUUCUACAAUCUCAAAUUCGAAAACCACUCUCAAACUCCUCUGGAUAAGUUUAUGAUACAAUUCAACAAGAACACCUUCGGUCUAGCUGCAGGAGGACCUCUUCAGGUUCCUGUUAUUCAACCGUCAGGAUCGGCAACCACUUUGCUGCCUAUGGUUCUUUUUCAAAACGUGUCAGAGGGACCCCCCAACUCUCAACUUCAAGUAGCUGUGAAGAAUAACCAACAACCUGUUUGGUACUUCUCUGACAAAAUUCCAUUGCAAGCACUUUUUGUUGAAGAAGGGAAAAUGGAAAGGGGAACAUUCUUGGAGACAUGGAAGUCACUGCCUGACUCCCACGAGAUCUCCAAGGAUCUGCCUAAUGCGUUAAUCAAUAACGUUGACGCCACUCUAGAGAAACUUGCCACGACUAACCUUUUCUACAUUGCUCGACGGGCACUCAAAGACACAAAUCAGGAGAUUCUGUAUCUCUCUGGCAAAGUGCCACCAAACAUUCCGUUCCUGGUAGAAAUCACCUGCAAAGUGGGCGUCCCUAAUGUCAAGUGUGCAGUGAAGACACCAGUUCCAGAAAUGGCGCCAUUGUUUUUUGAAGCCAUUGAAUCUCUUUUGAAGUAGAGUAUCAAGCAUAAGAUAGUUCCUGUAGUCUAUCCAUUACGGGUUCAAUUGCAAGAAACGCAGUCCAGAUUUGGUCUGCUCUUCAGAUUUAGACUUUUCAUAGGUUCCUGUUAUUCAACCGUUACCGUUUCAUAGGUAAGCGAAUUUUUGUUGUUGCAUGCGCAGCUGUUGGUGCAUUUUGCCACAUGAAGAGUUAGCUUUUGAGUAUGUCUUUUCCUAGGAUGGGUGUAAAAUGUGUUAGGUCUGUACUUCUAAUAUCUCCGCUCCAUUGAGCGAACAAUGUCAGUUUAUCAUGCGAUUCUUCUAGUCUUUUUUAGCCCGGAAUCUUUUUGCAAUGCAGGAAUAAUGAUAAUUCAAUGGUA